GUGUGAGCGCGCGCGCGCGUGUUGUGUGUUGUAACUGUGCGCGUGGGUGAGCGCUCUGUAUUAUUCUAGCGCGUCUCUCUCACGGAGACAGUGGGACAGCUCUGGAUCGGGGAUCUGAGAAAGGGAGAACAUCUAUCUUAUAUCUUAUGCGGACGGAAUACUCUCUGCAAAAAGGAGACACGUUUCAUCUGGUCGCAUUUCGCCGCUGUAACUUUUGACUCCUACCUGGACUGCCAGCUAACCGUGAUUAAAGAGGUCACCAUGAGCCAGGAGGGGCAGGAUGACCCCCUCCACAUAGAUGCCCCACCUCCAACCACACCGCCAGAGCCACAGCAGGUUACAGGCAGCCCUGAGACUGUAAGUGUGGAAAAAGAUACAGAGGAGACUGGAAUUCAGGAGGAUGCUGCAGAGAAAAAGGAUGCAGGAGAAACAGAAACAUUGUCAGAAGAUGCAGGCCCAGAUGAGAGAAAUAAGGAUAGACUGACUAAUGGAGCUGAGGAAGAGGAGCGGAGAAAAGAGGAAGAGCAGGUCAAAGAUGAUGCUGGGAAGAAUGGGGAGACGGAGCACAGCAACGGAGAUAUCACUGAGUGUGAAGGCUGUGAUGAGUCCCUGCCUCAGUUAGAGGAUUCAGCAGAACCUCAGCACACUGUAAGUUUGCAGAACGGUACCGGAGAGGACAGUGAAGGACAGGAGGAAGAGCAAGACUGUGAGAAAGAGCCAGGGCAGGGGAACCUGGAUGCAUUCAGUUCCACCUUCGAGCUUUCAGUCGAAGAGGCUGACGCGGAGGUAGAGGGAGAAGAUGAGCCACUAAACCAGGACAGCUUUAGCUCAGCGUUCGAGCGCAUUGUUGAGCAGGUCGGUGAGUCCACAACAGUUGAGGAGGAGGAGGAGGAGGAGGAGGACGACGGUGAGGACGAGCGCGACAGGACUAAGGAGAGCCAGGACGGUUUCAGCUCUACGUUCGAACGCAUUGUGGAGUCGGAACUGCUGAGGGGCGGGACCUGCUACAGCAGCCUGGACUCGCUGGACGUGCUGUCCCUCACGGACGAGACGGACAGCUGCGUGAGCUUCGAGGCACCGCUCACGCCACUUAUCCAGCAGAGGGUACUGACGGGGCCUGAGCCCCCAGAGCUGGAGCUGGAGACUGUGCAGGAGAGUGCCGAGACGCAGGAGGGGGAGGGAGAUGGGGAUGAAGCUGGAUCAGACAGUCCCCUCCACACCUCCAUCCCAGGCAGCAGGUCUGAAAAUGUGCUGAGCCAGCCAGCACAGUGGAGCAUUCCCAAUGGAUUCCACAAUGAUCUGGCAGGCAACAUACAAAAGACAGCAAUCCUCCCCAGCUCUGUCAGUGAUGCCAAUCUCACAGAUGGCCUGUGCGACUCUGACUCUGAACUGGGAAGCCUGGAGACCUUGGAGAGGGGCAGCACUGAUACCCUCGCCAACGGUUGCCGUGCCGACGCAGAGGCAGCCAAGCGACUGGCUAAGCGGCUGUUCUACCUGGAGGGCUUCAAGCGGUGUGACGUGGCACGACACCUGGGAAAGAAUAAUGAAUUUAGCCAGAUGGUGGCCUCGGAGUAUCUGAGCUUCUUCGACUUCACAGGGUUGUCCUUAGAUAGAGCGCUAAGGAACUUCCUGAAGGCAUUUCCUCUGAUGGGGGAAACGCAGGAGCGAGAGCGAGUCCUGGUGCACUUUUCCAAACGCUUCUGUCACUGUAACCCAGAAGCCCUAACCUCUGAAGAUGGAGCCCAUACACUGACCUGUGCGCUCAUGCUUCUGAAUACAGACCUGCAUGGCCAUAACAUCGGGAAGAAAAUGUCCUGUCAGCAGUUCAUUAGCAAUCUGGAUGGUCUGAAUGAUGGAAAAGAUUUUCCCAAAGAUUUACUCAAGGUGCUGUAUAAUUCAAUAAAGAAUGAAAAGCUGGAAUGGGCCAUUGAGGAAGAGGAGUUGAGGAAGAGUCUGUCUGAGCUGGUUGAGGACCAGUGUGAGGCUGGGGGCAAGCGGGUUGUUAGGGUAACGGAUGGUAGUAACCCUUUUAUUGCCAUCCCGCUCCUGCUCAAUGCUACCACAUACAAACAUGGAAUCCUGACCCGAAAGAGCCAUGCAGAUAUGGACGGCAAACGCACCCCAAGAGGACGACGAGGCUGGAAGAAAUUCUAUGCUGUGCUGAAGGGCAUGAUCCUCUACCUGCAAAAAGAUGAGUAUAAGCCUGAUAAGGACCUUUCUGAAGUGGACCUGAAAAACGCAGUGCGUGUGCAUCACGCUUUGGCCACCAGGGCCUGCGACUACAGCAAGAAACCCAACGUUCUCAAGCUCAAAACGUCAGACUGGAGAGUCUUCCUCUUCCAGGCACCGAGUGAGGAGGAGAUGAUGUCAUGGAUCUUCAGGAUCAAUCUGGUCGCCGCUCUGUUCUCUGCUCCUGCAUUUCCUGCUGCCAUAGGUUCCAUGAAAAAAUUCUGUAGACCUCUGCUACCGUCAUCUACCACCAGGCUCAACCAGGAGGAACAACUGAAGUGUCAUGAGAGCAAGCUGAAGCAGAUCUCCUUAGAGGUGGAGGAGCACAAAAGGAAUCCACCGGAGCUCACGCCCAAGAGCAAAGAAUCAGAGGAGUAUCGCAUCAAAGAACACUACCUUACCUAUGAGAAAAGCCGUUAUGAGACGUACGUCAACCUGCUGCAGGCCAAGCUGCGUGUUGGGAGUGACGACCUGGAUAAAAUCGAGGCCAGUGUGUUCAGUGGAGACAGCAGAGACAGCCAAAUGCGUAAAACCCAGUCCAGUCCCUCCAUCAGCCAUGCUCAUGGGCUCAACGGACGAGCCACUCACAAACACACCUCGGACAGCUCUAACUGAACGCUCAUCGCCGGGUCCCUGGACUUUGACCUCUGUCUGAAACACAGUUGAGACGACAGCGGGAAAGACCGAGACGGUCUGUCAGUUUUGGAAAAAGGAGAGACACAUGAACGUAGCAUUAAAAGGCUCUUAUUAUUUGAAUGCACAGUAAAUUAGGAUUAUUGUAAGUAUUAUUAGUAUUAUCAUGACAACAUUUUUAAUACCGAAGUGAACGUCGUGCCAAAAAGGAAACAGAAGUUAAAAGGAGACCGAGACUGUAUUAGAGGAGAGUGUUUACAUCACAUGACUGCGGUCGAUUUUGACAGCACAUUGCAGUUUCUUGUGAUGGUCAAUGAGAUGCACUAUGAUCACAAGGCUGAUUUUACUGUGAUGUCUGGAGAACAUUUUACUGCAACAUCAUAGGUCACCUUUCCCGAUGUCAGGAUGAAAUAACUGCGACAUCAUUACAUGUUUCUGGAGUGUAUUCUUUACAAGGUGGAGACUUAAAGUAAUGGCGUGACGCCACAUUUCACUGACGAAGCCACAACACAUUUAUAGUGACAUCUCAGUGUUUGACUUGUCCAUACUUAGAAUUUUGGCUUCCUGACUGAGUUAUUAUUAUUUUUCUUUUCUUUUUUUUUUGCGUGACAUGUAGCAUUUGGCUUAUUCGCGAGGCCUUUUUCGAUGUCUCAGCCUCAGUAGCUGUUUUAAGGGCUCUGUCACAUGCUGAGGUGUUUGUUCAGAUGAGCUGUCUACAGUAUGAUGCAAAUGUCCCCAUUAUUUAUUAUGUCAUAUUUAUUUAUUGUAAAGUUUCUUUUCUGAGCCGUCACAAUGGACUCAGGCACUUGUAACGUUAAAAGCAAUUUAUCUCAGCUGAUUCUAUAUAUAAUCUCAGUUCUUUUUCAGUGGAGCUACCUGUUUGGGGUGGUAGAGAACCCAGUGUGAGGUUCUCAUUCACAGUAUCAUAAAAGAAGACAGGGUAUGUGAUGGAAAACAGGAACAGAAAGAAUUGGAAUGUGUGUGUAUGAGUGUGUGUGUGUGUAUGUGUGUAUAUAUGUGCAUGUUUAUGAGCGAAACAGAGGAAAAGAAAAGAGACAAAGUGAGUUGAAGGAAUACUGCAACGUUUAAUCUAAUUUCAGUCAAAUGCAUCUGUAGCAUGUGUAUGCUUACCACAGACCUUGUUAAGUCAAAUUUAUUUAUAAGGCAUAUUUAAAGACAGCAAUGAGCCUCCUGGUGGUCUGGCGGAAGGAUCCUGUGCUCUCAUUGCUGCAGCCCCGGUUCAAUUUCCGGCCACUGAAAAGUUAACUCUCAGUGCCGGUCCCAAGCCCAGAUUAAAUGGGAGGGUUGCAUCAGAUUAAAUGGGAGGGUUCCUUGUACCAAAUGAUCUGCUGUGGCAAACCCCCAAAACAGGGAGGAGCCGAAAGAACAACAACAUUUAAAGACAGCAAUGAUUAAACUAAAUUGCUGUAAAUAACAUCACAAAACCAUGAAUAAAGAUAUGUUUAAAGAGGUGCUUUAUAAACAGCUGAAGUCAGAAUGGACCUGAAGUGAAAGGGGAGAUUAUUCCCGAGUUUAGGACCAACCACAAAAAAGGCUGGAGACGGAUAAAUUUAUAGAAAGAUAGAUAGAGGUUAGAAAGAUAGAAGUCCAGCUUCCCGUUUCCUGUAUUGACACUAAGGCUUUGGGCUUCUGAUCAGAAGAUGUGACUCAGCAUUCGUGGAAAUUUCCGGUAACAGGAGCAAAGCAACCAUUAGUGACCCAAAUGGGAGGGGCAAGAAAAGCAACAAAGUUUACACAAAUGAGAAGCAAAGCAGUUUGGUGAAUGCCAAUGGGUAGUUUUUUCACGUAUUUGUUCUUUCUCACAGCUUCCAAGCCAGUUUCUGAUGCUUGCUUUGUUGCUAUAGACCUGAAGUGUCUCAUUUACCCACGAUAGAACAGCACCAGUGUUUUUGCCCUCCUCUUUCAGCACAUCAAACCAUUUAAGGAUGUGAAAUAGUCAGUAUUUAACAUGAAGAGCAAAUUUUUGGGCUCAUUCUGAUGCUAUUAGACAGUGAGGCACUCAUUGCACCAUUGCACUGCACAUGUGCAUUUUAUGAAGAGACAUUUGCUGCCAGAUUUUAUUUUGUCAAUAGCAGGAUAUCUGAGGUGGGGUCAGUUGAGAGGUUUUUGCAUGCAUGCUGAUGCUAACUCAUAGUUUGUGUAGAUAUCGCAGUACUCUACCAGUGAAAUCAUGGUAAUCGGGCAGUAAGAUGAAUGACCUUUAUGUUGAUUAAAACUGGAUUAUAUGCAAAUGACUGAUUCUAGAGCAAAGUCGCUGUGAGCAGGUGACCCCAGUGUGAGAGAGAUCUUCCUAAAAUCUUACUCUUAUAUAUUUUAUCCAGUUUGAGCGAUACAGUAAUUACAGUUACAGAUGCUUUCUUUGUCAGAUGUUGUGGUAUUAAUAUUCUCUGUCAAUGCUGGUAACCCCAGACACGUCCCUCUGAAUAUAUUAGUCGAGCAGAUGAACUAAAUGAUCUUGUUCAAACAGUAAUGAAAAAUCUUCUGCAAAAAUACACUGUAUUUGGGACGUUUGCCUUUACAUGCACAUGAGUGUAAUAUGGAGUUGGCCCGCUCUUUGCAGCUAUAACACCUUCAACUCUUUUGGGAAGGCUUUCCACAAGGUUUAGGAGUGUGUUUAUGGGAAUUUUUGACAAUUCCUCUAGAAGCGCAUUUGUGAGGUCAGGUACUGAUGUUGGACCAGAAGGCCUGGCUCACAGUCUCCACUCUAAUUCAUCCCAAAGGUGUUCUAUCAGGUUGUGGUCAGGACUCUGUUCAGUUCCUCCACACCAAAUUCGCUCACCCAUGUCUUUAUGGACCUUGCUUUGCGCCCUGGUGUGCAGUCAUGUUAGAACAGGAAGGGGACAUCCCCAAAUGUUCCAAUGUUGGGAGCAUGAAAUUGUCCAAAAUGUCUUGAAGCAUUAAGAGUUCCUUUGACUGGAACUAAGGGGUCAAGCCCAACCCCUGAAAAACAACACCUGAAUUCAAUGAUUUGGAGGGGUGUCCCAAAACUUGUGCCAAUAUAGAGUAUGUCAAGUAUACAGAUCAACCAAUAAACAAUGACUAUCUUAAAUACUGGCAAUAUAGUGUAUAUCUUAUGCAUUAAUGUUUAACGACUGCCCCAACAUCUGCCAUUCUAUUCCUUUCAUUUGAGACAUCAGGGUUCUUUUCUUGGUAAAUUUCUUGUCCACAUGCUACAGAUGCAGUAGGUGGAGAUUUAUAUAUAUAUAUAUAUGAAAAAAACAAAACAAACAUUGCAGUAUUCCUAUUUUGAGUGCUAGGUCGAAGACGAAUUCUAUAUGCUUGAAAGUGACACAGGAGUCGUUGUCUUCUCGCAGCGGACCAAAAGAAGCCUUCCCAACAAACAUGAAUCGAGCCUGAAGCAGCAGGACUGCACAUUCAGCCCAAGAUAUCUACUCAUAUCUGCAUCACAUCUCCUAUCUGUAGCUUAAUGGACUAAAUGAUACAAAUCUGUUCAAAUGCAUUAUUCUGCUGUAAAUCAGAACCGUGAACAUGGGAUCAGCGUUAUGUUUGCGGAAGAGGACUGCUAAUGGCACUCUCUGUCUAUGCUUAGCUCUUCAGCAGCAGCACAGUCGACCCCCUUCCCCCCCGGUGUCUCCACCCAUGCUCAUGGUACGGACUUUGUGUGUUCGAGGAAGUGCAAGUAGAUUUUUCUAGUGCAGUUGUGACGCAUGAUGACAGUGAGAGUGAGAAAAUGAGCUUGUGGCUCUUGCACUGCUAUAUAUAAAAAUAACAUAAAGAGCUGCAAUUUUAUACACUCUUUAGUAACUGCUUUCAUAAAAAAAAAUGACUUCCCUAUACUUGUCGCUUUGGCUGUUGUGCUAACUAUGAUUUUCCCCAAUGUUUAGGGUAGAACACAAAUGCUGUUGUAAUAAAAAAAGAUUGUGAUGAUUAUUUUAUAAUUGC